GCUCUAAAUAAAUCGAACGAAAAAUAAAUUAGCGGAGUAAGGAAUUAUAUAUUUUUUGAACUAACACAAGAAAGGACACGAAAGGAGCCUUCAAAAUGUACGAAAACGGCAAUAGCUACGAACAGGACUACAUGGAGCAGGAGGAAGAGUGGGAGCGCGAAGGGCUCCUAGAUCCUGCAUGGGAAAAGCAGCAAAAGAAGACAUUUACUGCUUGGUGCAACAGUCACUUACGUAAAGCUGGUACUGCAAUUGAUAGUAUUGAGGAUGAUUUUCGUAAUGGACUCAAACUUAUGCUUUUGUUGGAAGUCAUUUCCGGCGAGACACUACCAAAGCCAGACCGUGGCAAGAUGCGUUUCCACAAGAUUGCAAAUGUCAACAAAGCCCUUGACUACAUUGCAUCGAAAGGUGUAAAAUUGGUGUCAAUUGGUGCUGAGGAAAUUGUCGAUGGCAACUUAAAGAUGACUCUCGGCAUGAUCUGGACCAUUAUCCUUCGUUUUGCCAUCCAAGAUAUUUCCGUUGAAGAAAUGACCGCCAAGGAGGGUCUCUUGUUAUGGUGCCAACGUAAGACAGCUCCAUACAAGAAUGUCAACGUACAAAACUUCCAUCUCAGUUUCAAGGAUGGUCUUGCUUUCUGUGCAUUGAUUCAUCGUCAUAGACCAGACUUGAUUGACUACUCAAAACUCUCCAAAGAUAAUCCAUUGGAAAAUCUCAACACUGCCUUUGAUGUUGCUGAGAAAUAUCUUGAUAUUCCAAGAAUGUUGGACCCUGAUGAUUUGAUCAACACUCCAAAGCCGGAUGAACGUGCUAUCAUGACCUACGUGUCAUGCUAUUACCACGCUUUCCAAGGCGCUCAACAGAACACCGCAAUGCCGGACGAGAGAGCAAUUAUGACGUAUGUGUCUUCCUACUACCACUGCUUCAGUAGUAGCCAAAAGGCUGAAACUGCAGCAAACCGCAUCUGCAAAGUGUUGAAGGUGAACCAAGAAAAUGAACGUCUUAUGGAGGAAUAUGAGCGACUUGCCAGUGAUCUCCUUGAAUGGAUUCGUCGCACAAUGCCUUGGUUGGCAUCUCGUCAAACAGACAGCACCUUGGCUGGCGUCCAGAAGAAAUUGGAGGAGUACCGCACGUACCGUCGCAAGCACAAGCCUCCACGUGUCGAGCAAAAGGCGAAGCUCGAAACGAACUUCAACACGCUCCAAACGAAGUUGCGUCUCUCGAACCGUCCCGCUUACAUGCCGACCGAGGGCAAGACCGUUUCCGACAUCGGCAACGCCUGGAAGGGCUUGGAACACGCCGAAAAGGCCUUCGAGGAAUGGCUGCUCGCCGAAACGAUGCGUUUGGAGCGCUUGGAGCACUUGGCACAAAAGUUCAAGCACAAGUCCGACACGCACGAGGACUGGACUCGCGGCAAAGAAGAAAUGUUGCAAUCGCAAGAUUUCCGCAGCUGCAAACUCAACGAACUCAAGGCGCUGAAAAAGAAGCACGAAGCCUUCGAAAGCGACUUGGCGGCGCAUCAAGAUCGUGUCGAACAAAUUGCCGCAAUUGCCCAAGAACUCAACACGCUCGAAUAUCACGAUUGCGUCUCGGUCAAUUCGCGUUGCCAACGCAUCUGCGACCAAUGGGAUCGUCUCGGCGCCUUGACGCAACGUCGUCGCCAAGCCUUGGACGAAGCGGAACGCGUCUUGGAGAAAAUCGACAUUUUGCAUUUGGAAUUUGCAAAACGUGCCGCUCCCUUCAACAAUUGGCUCGAUGGCGCUCGCGAAGAUUUGGUCGACAUGUUCAUCGUGCACACCAUGGAGGAAAUUCAGGGUCUCAUGACGGCGCACGAGCAAUUCAAGGCGACAUUGGGCGAAGCCGACAAGGAAUUCAACUUGAUUGUCGGUUUGGUGCGCGAAGUCGAGAGCAUCGUGCAAACGCAAAAGAUUCCCGGCGGCUUGGAAAAUCCCUACACGACACUCACCGCUGCCGAUCUUACGCGCAAAUGGUCCGACGUUCGUACUCUAGUCCCGCAACGCGACAAUACGCUUGCCAGCGAGUUGCGCAAACAGCAAAACAACGAGAUGUUGCGUCGCCAAUUCGCCGAAAAGGCAAACAACGUUGGUCCGUGGAUCGAGAGACAAAUGGAUGCCGUUACUGCGAUCGGCAUGUCCAUUCAGGGCUCGUUGGAGGAGCAAUUGUUGCGUCUUAAGGAGUACGAACAAGCUGUCUACGCCUACAAACCAAAUAUCGAGGACUUGGAGAAGAUCCAUCAAGCUGUGCAAGAGAGCAUGAUCUUCGAGAAUCGUUACACCAACUACACAAUGGAGACAUUGCGCGUUGGAUGGGAACAAUUGCUCACCUCAAUCAACAGAAAUAUCAAUGAGCUCGAAAAUCAAAUCUUGACACGUGACUCGAAGGGCAUCACACAAGAGCAACUCAACGAGUUCCGAUCAAGCUUCAAUCACUUUGACAAGAACCGCACAGGUCGCUUGACACCCGAAGAACUCAAGUCGUGCCUCGUUUCCUUGGGCUACUCGAUCGGCAAGGAUCGCCAAGGCGAACUCGACUUCCAACGUAUUCUCGCCGUUGUAGAUCCCAACUCGACUGGAUACAUCUUAUUCGAUGCCUUCCUCGAUUUCAUGACACGCGAAAGCACCGACACAGAUACCGCUGAACAAGUUAUCGACUCAUUCAGAAUUUUGGCUUCAGAUAAGCCAUACAUUCUUCCUGAUGAGCUUCGUCGCGAAUUACCACCAGACCAGGCUGAAUAUUGUAUCCAAAGAAUGCCACCAUUCAAAGGCCCUGGAGCAGUACCCGGCGCUUUGGACUACAUGUCCUUCAGUACAGCCCUUUAUGGUGAAAGUGAUUUGUAAAAAAAUGAAAAUUAUAUAAAGAAAAGAGAGGAAUAUUAAAUUUUAUUACAAAAUAAUUUUUUAAUAAAUAAAUAUUUUCCCCCCGCGCACGAAAUUCAGUCCACACACUCACUCUUCUUCUAUCAAAUCUCCAAAUUGUCACAAAAAUAAAUAAAAAAAUAUUUACAUAUCUUAACUUUCUUCUUCUUCUUUUUGUUUUAUAUAAAAAAAAUAAAUUUAAAAAAAUCUUAUUUAUUUUAUCAUAUAAUUAUAUUAAAUAUUGUGUAGAAAAAAAAAUCAGAAAUUGAAAAAAAUCGCC